GCGGGGCCGGGCCGGGCCGCGCCGGGUCGGGCGUCGGGGCCACACGUCCGUCCGCGGGUCGCCCGGGCUGCUCGCGCCAUGGAGCCACGGUGCCCGCCGCCGUGCGGCUGCUGCGAGCGGCUGGUGCUCAACGUGGCCGGGCUACGCUUCGAGACGCGGGCGCGCACGCUCGGCCGCUUCCCGGACACGCUGCUCGGGGACCCGGUGCGCCGCAGCCGCUUCUACGACGGCGCGCGCCGCGAGUACUUCUUCGACCGGCACCGGCCCAGCUUCGACGCCGUGCUCUACUACUACCAGUCCGGCGGGCGGCUGCGGCGGCCCGCGCACGUGCCGCUCGACGUCUUCCUGGAGGAGGUGGCCUUCUACGGGCUGGGCGCGGCGGCGCUGGCGCGUCUGCGGGAGGACGAGGGCUGUCCGGUGCCGCCCGAGCGCCCCCUGCCCCGCCGCGCCUUCGCGCGCCAGCUAUGGCUGCUCUUCGAGUUCCCCGAGAGCUCGCAGGCUGCGCGCGUGCUCGCCGUCGUCUCUGUGCUCGUCAUCCUCGUCUCCAUCGUCGUCUUCUGCCUCGAGACGCUGCCCGACUUUCGCGAUGACCGCGACAACCCGGGGCUCACCGCUGUGGCUGCAGCUGGCCCGUUCCCUCUUCGUCUGAACGGCUCUAGCCCCGUGCCGGGACAACUUCCUCGAAUGCCUUUCGAUGACCCCUUCUUUGUGGUGGAGACACUGUGCAUCUGUUGGUUCUCCUUCGAGCUGCUGGUGCGCCUGGCGACCUGCCCGAGCAAGGCAGUCUUCUUCAAGAAUGUGAUGAACCUCAUCGAUUUUGUGGCCAUUCUGCCCUACUUUGUGGCCCUGGGCACCGAGCUGGCCCGACAGCGAGGGGUGGCCCAGCCAGCCAUGUCACUAGCCAUCCUGCGAGUCAUCCGAUUGGUGCGCGUCUUCCGCAUCUUCAAGCUGUCCCGGCACUCAAAAGGCCUGCAGAUCUUGGGCCAGACGCUAAGGGCCUCCAUGCGUGAGCUGGGCCUCCUUAUCUUCUUCCUCUUCAUCGGUGUGGUCCUCUUCUCCAGCGCAGUUUACUUUGCUGAAGUUGACCGGGCAGACUCACAGUUCACCAGCAUCCCUGAGUCCUUCUGGUGGGCGGUGGUCACCAUGACCACAGUUGGCUAUGGAGACAUGGUGCCCGUCACUGUCGGCGGCAAGAUCGUAGGCUCUCUGUGUGCCAUCGCUGGUGUGCUGACCAUUUCCCUGCCCGUGCCAGUCAUUGUCUCCAACUUUAGCUACUUUUACCACCGAGAGACAGAGGGUGAAGAGGCUGGGAUGUUCAGCCAUGUGGACACACAACCCUGCGGCCCACUGGAGGGCAAAGUCAAUGGGGGAUUGGUAGAUGCUGAGAUACCUGAGUUACCACCUCCACUCUGGGCCCCCCCUGGGAAACACAUGGUCACCGAAGUGUGAGGGACAGUUGAGAUCUGCACGACCUCACAUU